AUGGCACUCGUCAAAUCAGCAGAAGAGUCUCCGAAAAAGACAACUUUGAUCCACAAACUCAAUAGUGUUGCUGUUGACAAACAAAACGACCCCUUUGCCACUUGGCAUGAGGCCAAUGGAACCAUUGGCCAGAAAUACACCUUUGGAGGGCUUUGGGCAGAAGCCGGAGCAAUUGCCUACAACCUACACCAUAAAUGGGGAGUUAAGAAAGGAGACAAGGUGGUCUUGUGCUAUGGCUUUGGGCUACACUUUUUUGCUGCCUUCCUUGGUUGCUUGAGGGCUGGGGUUGUGGCCAUUUUGGUUUAUCCUCCAUUCCCACCUCUCACCAAAACACUCCCAAAGAUGGAAAAAGUCAUCAAAGAUUGCCAACCUGUGUUGAUCUUGACGGACAUGACAAUCAUGGCAAUGAAGAAAGUGGAUGAACUAAAGCCAAUCUCAAAAAGCAAGGGAAUGUGGCCCAAGCGGAUGCCCUUCAAGGUUACCAAUGGCAGAUCAAUGUACAUGACGAGAAAAUUGGCAACCUUUGAUCAGGAAGACAUUCUUGAGUCAGAUAUUGCAUUCUACCAAUAUACAUCGGGAAGCACUGGUGAUCCAAAGGGAGUUAUGGUGACCUUUAAGGCAUUGGAAGCCAAUGUUAAGAUUAACCAUGAUGGCAUUAGCCAGAAGCUCACAGAAGAUGCAUUUGAUGCAGACAAGAUUGUUGGCUUCUCUUGGCUACCACAGUACCAUGACUUUGGGUUGAUCUUUGCCUCCAUAGUUCCUUUUACUGAAGGGUGGAGAAUGCACAUGAUGUCCCCCCUCACAUUCAUCAAGAAACCCUUGCACUGGUUGGACCUCAUGUCAAAGUAUAAAGUCACAUUGGGGGUGGCCCCUGACUUUGCCUACCAUUUGGUAGCCAGAAAGUUCAAGGAGGAGAUGUCAAAGGCAGGUGGAAAAUGUCCUAUUGCCAACUUUGACUUGUCAUCCAUCCAGUAUCUGCAAAAUGGGGCUGAGCCAAUCAGACUGGACACCCACAAAGAGUUCAGCUCUACAUUCUCGCAGUUUGGACUUAGAAACAGAUGGUUCUGCAGUGGAUAUGGCUUGGCAGAACAUGUUGUCACUGUGUCCUGGUUGAAUGAACACCGGCUAUCCACCCAACGGCCAGAGGACACAAAGAGUUUUGUUGCUGUUGGCUCCAACGAAACUUUCCAUCCCUGUGUGAACAUCACAAUUGUUGACCCUGCCAGCCAACAUGAACUUCCGGCUGACCAUACGGGUGAGAUUUGGAUUGCUGGUCCUUCUGUUGCUGCUGGAUACCAUGGAAAGCCAGAACUGUCCAGUGAGGUCUUCCAAGCCAAGCUGCCCCCUCAAGAAGAUUCUGUCACAAAUCAGGAUGAUAGCACCACCACCUUCCUUCGAACAGGGGACCUGGGCUUUAUGCAAGAUGGGUACUUGUAUGUUUGUGGCAGGAUCAAAGACUUGCUCAUUAUCAACGGGGUCAACUACUAUCCCCAAGAUAUUGAGCUUGCUGUUCAAUCCUGCAACGGUGUCAGGCCAGGAUGUGUGGCAGCCUUCUCUUCUGAUGACUCUGGUGAAGGUGAUGGCCAGCUUGAAGUUGUCUUUGAGAUUAGGAAUGCAAACAAGAUGACUGCACAGGCUGUGUGUGAGGCAAUCAAAUCUGUCAUCAUUCAGGACAUUGGUAUUGUUCCUUCCAAGAUUGUGGCAUUGGAAGAAAGAAGCAUAGCCAAGACAACCAGUGGCAAAAUCCAGAGAAGGAGAAACAGAGACCUGCUCCAUGCAAAUCAACACAAAGCUGUGUUUGUCCUGGAUCAGUCAUCCAUGUUGGAGAUAGCAGCAACCAGCGGUGGCCCCCGAGAGCUAGCCCAGGACCUGCCUCCUUCAGAGAAGUUUGAUGCCAUCAUGACUUCGCUCUUGGGAGCUGACUAUGAUCCAGAUUCUGGGUGGGAUGAAAAUGGCCUCACUUCCCUCAUCUUGAUUGAGCUCAACAACAAGCUAGCCGAAUCCUUUCCAGCCACCGUCCCCAGUGAAAUUCCUGACCAAUAUCCAACCCCGGCUGCACUCAAAGAGUAUAUCCUCAGCCCAAAUCAUGGAUCAUUCUUCCCCAUUGAAGUACCAAGCUUUGACACCUCAGCUACAAGACAUCCCUGGUCUGUAGUCACUCUGUUGCAAGGGGUUGGUAUCAUUGUGCUCUUUUUGAUGCUAUCUGUAAGCACAUUCCCUUCCUACAAGUGCUACCAGCUCAUCAUCUAUGAUGGAGCACCACCUUCUCUGGGGAUAUUACUGCCGCUAGUCUUCUUGCUUUGGCACAUUACCUUCACCCUCUUGGUUUGCCUAUCAAAGUGGAUUAUCAUUGGCAAGUACUCUUCCAAAGAGGUUCCAGUUGCAUCCCUAUACUAUGUCAGAUGGUGGUUUGUUGACAGGGCAGUGCACUUGUGGGAGAUGUUGAUCGGCAGGUAUGCCAUGGGCACUCCAUGGCAAUGGCUGUUCUAUUCAAUGAUGGGCUGCAAGGUCCACUCUUCUUCCAAGUUGGAUUGCUUCCUCCGAGAGUUUGAUCUCUUGGAGAUUGGUGAAAAUGCUGAAAUCAGUUUUGGAAUCAAAUGUAGAAAGUUUGGUCCCUGGCAGGAGUCUGGGCGGGAUGCUGGGUCUCCUACAUUGAGGUUCAGACCAAUCAGAAUUGGGAAUGGCUGUGUGGUUAAAGGACAAGUAGGUCCUGGUGUGGUUCUGGGAGAUGGCAGCAAAGUGGAGAACCUAGCUGCAGUCCCUGAGGAUUCCCAGGUCCCAACUUCUGCCAUUGCAACAGGAAGUCCUGCUCACCAGAGUGGAAUGACAAAAGCAAAAGAGCACUCAGAUCAUGAAAAGAAGAGUAUGGCUGUGUUGAGAAUUAUCAAAUGUGUUUGGCCCCUCAUGGAACUCUGCUUGACCUUUGCCAUUGCUGGGUCUGCUGGGAGGGCCAUAACAACUGGUAGCUUUGGCAUGGAGUGGCGAUAUGCUACCCUGUUGAAGGCAUUCCUCAUUAUUGUCCUCACAGGUAUUGGAAACUUACUGGUUUGUAUUCCCAUGAAAUGGAUUCUGAUUGGACACCGAAAACCAGGUCCAGUAACCAAAACUUCUAUCGUCCAAGAAUCACUUGACUGGGUGGUUGACUAUCAUUUCUUUGUCAGCCUGGUUCUUCUGGACCUUGUGGCAGAAAAUGCAGUCAUAAUCAAUGGCUUUUUGUGGUUACUGGGCUUGGAUAUUGACAUGGAAACUAAGGUGUGGGGUGUACACUUCCCUCCCUCCAAGGUGGAUUUGAUGUGUCUCAAGAAGUCAACUCUGUCUUUAUCACAUUUUGAUGUCAAACAAGAUGGAGAGUACAAAAAGAUUCAUAUUGAAAACACCAGCAUUGGGCACAGUGUCACUAUUGAUGGUGGUGUAACCAUUGACUCUGCCCAGGUCAACCCAUUGACACAUGUGACAGCCAACAUCCAAGGUAGUUUGAGUUCAAAGGGAACAAGAUUGCCACUAUCAAAAAGAUUGGUGGUUGACCUUGCCACACCUUCGAUUGCAACAGUGCUCUUCUUCUCCCUCAUCCCAACUUAUGAGUUCUUCCAAGUGGACUUCUUCACACCCUUGUCUGGAUUUCCCAUAGUCAAAUUGGCUCUGGCACUUGUUGUAUUUUGUUUCACUUGGGUCCUCCUCCUUGUGUUCCUUCAGUGGUUGAUGUUUCCAAGUCAAAGCUUUUUGGGUAGGAAAGAAGGGCAAACCAAGCACUGGUCCAUUGCUAUGUUUGCCAUUUACAUGAACUUGCAGUGCUACCUCUGGGACUUAUCCCUUCUUCCCAUCUUCUUUGGUACACACUUUUUCAACUGGUUCCUCUGA